AUGAAACUGAUGAAGAAAUUACUGGAGGGCAGAGCACACAGAGGGGACGGAGGGCACAGCCUGGCGGGGCCCCGCGGUGAAGGCCCUCCCCUUCCAGCCCUCCCCUUCCAGCCCAAUCCCGCAGCCCCGCCGCAACGACGACCUUCGGGGCCCCCGCCGCACGUCUCCGAGGGCCCAGCCGCCAUAGGAGGAGCGAAAGGGCGGAGGGAGGGACGGGAGGGAGAAGGACCCGCCGUACCCCGCCGCACCGGCCCCAUCCCCGCAGCCCAGCCCGAGCGCAGCCCGGCAACUUACGGCGUGUCCUCGGGCCGCCGCGCCCCGCGCCGCCCUCUGCAUGGGCAGCGCCCGCGGGGACGGGAGAUAAAGGUGCGGACACGGCAGCGGGCAGCUCGGCCGGGCCGCGGAGCUCGGGGAGGACGGACAGACGGCGGCGCAGUGAGCGCUGAGGCCUUGUUCUCUGCCACCACUCCUUCUAUUGCCCUCUGGUUGAUGGGAGGAGGCUCCAGCUGGCCAGACCCACAGGGCUUUGAAGACGAAAAUACCCAGUGCUGGCUGAUUAAACCACAGGAACUGAUACACUUUUGCAAAACCAUCCUGACAAGCAAGGUAAAGCAAAUACCUCUCCAAAGAGCCCAAGCUGAAUUCCCUCCUCCCCAAUCCCAGAUCGGCUCCUUCCUCCCACAGGCUGCAAACAGCACUGGGACCACUGGGAGCAGAAAGGUCAUCCCUUGGGGACUGCUGCCAUAUGGCUCGUGUCAGAGCGUCCCUUAAGCAGCUGGGCCUGCCGUGGCUGGAGCUGGAGACAGCAAAGUGGGACAAGAAUGCCUUGCUGGGUUGUGCUGGGCAGGCUUCAUGGCAGAAGGGCAUAUUGCUGUACUAUCGAAACUCCAGGUCAUGGUUUUCAAGUUUAAAUGAUGAUGACUAUGGAGCAGAGGGAGGAAGGGAGAGUAACAGAGCUUCAACUUCACCCCUCACAAUGCUGCACGUCCUUCUGGAUCCUAUGACUCAAUCAUAGGCAUCCCACUGGUGACUGGACUGUCACAGCCACGAAUGACCCUGUGGGGACUGUGAAGUUUCUGUUCAGAGAGGUGAAAAGAUAAGCUUAGGGGAAAUGCUACAGUUCUCGACAAAAUCACCCUGGCCUUUCAUAACCACUGCUGAUAUGGGGGUGAAGAAAUGAGAGUUCUAAGGAGGGCUAAGGAGGGCUGUCAGAAGUACAAGAGAAAAAGAGGCCUUCCAGAUCUGUGAGGCACAAAGAGUGGGACAACACAGGGUUUUGGCUGAGGCUUCAGUACUAUGCCACAGGACUCUGGCUGCUUGGAGAAAUAAGUGAGGGUUAAAUGCAGGAUCAUUUUUCACCCAGCACGUUGCCUUGUUUAAAUUUCUGCGAGGAGAGCAAGUAUAUUAUGGUAUUGUUAUCCUAUGCAGAGAGUUGUUCAUUUUUAAUUAUAGUUCAUGAGAAAUGCAGACUUCUGCAAUGUGUCAUCUGCUCAGAUACAUAAAUCUUAGGGAAAAAAUAAUAGCGACAUUAAAUACUGUUCUUACAGAGUGCCAGAACAAAGCUCGCGUGCCCAUCUCCUCACAGCCAGCAGCGAAAUAAAUGCAAAGGACUAAACAUAGAAAUGUAUCCUACAAAUAUGUAUAGCAGCUACCCGUGAGCCAAGGGGACUGCUCUGUGUAAAUCCUUCCUUUUGUGUUGGUGUAUAAACAGCUUCCCCGCUUACAGUCAGGAACAAGGGCAUGUCCUGUAUUUCCUGAUCUGCUUCCUCCUUCUUCAGCAAUCAGAAAAACACAACUUAGGGAUAAACAUGGGAGCCAGAACAUCAGUGCAGUGUGGGGGUCUUUCCUGCCCACCAUGGCUGUUGUCCACAGUCUCUUGCUGCUGGCUGUUGACAGCUGUAGAAACUUAAGCCUUGCUGUGGCCCAUUGUCCUGCAGGCAGCAAUUUUAUUUUUUUUGCUUUCUUGCUUGUGGGAAAUAAUCCUCUUUUAAUUUAAUUAUUCAUUUUUCAAUUAUUUAAUACAUCACUCUGGGAUAGUGGCACCGCUUUGGGUUAGUUUCCAAUUGACAGCCACCUCAGACGGCAGAGCAUUGGGAUCCAGUUCCAGGGGAAAAGGAUUAGUGCCUUGGAGCUGCUGCUUUCCUCAGGGCUCCUAUGGCUCCCUUCCUGCUGCAUCCUGGGGCGUUCCCAUGUGCUCUGCCUACGAUUCUCUAGUUCUUCAUUUCUCAUUCAGGCUGAUUUUCCACUCAGAGGUGCACCUGUGCUCAUUCCUGAAAGACAUCGGCUCUGAUUCAAGGAGCAGGAGUAUAAUUUCAACAAUCCUAAAAGAUUAUUGCAUUGCAUUAAAAAAAGGUUUUGCACUGUAUUGAUAUGAAGAAGCUUAACAUUGAAAAGGCCAUUUCGGCUCCCACUGGCGCCAUUUUCUAUAGAAGUAUGGGGGCUGCUCCAAGAGCAAUGCCUCCUGUUUUAUUAUGUUGGCUCCUGAUGUCAGAGGCAGUUGAUGGCGGUAAGGCAGUGGAGCUGAACCUUCCUGCCAACAUUCCAUUACAAGUUUUUGCCAUGUGACAACACAUGGCAACAGAGGGGCAGUCUGACAGAACGGCAUCUGACGUGGCAUUGUGUCUGAAGCAAAGGGGUGAAAUAGAUUUUUUUUUUUUUCCAGAUGGAAAACAUGGCACCUGUUGACAUUCAUCAAUGCUCGCUGAAUGUUU